UGAGUUGUCAAACAGGUUUGUGUUCCUGCGCUGGGAAACGCUUGUUUCAGACACAUUCAUGCGGGAGGACAGCGUCCUGUUGUCCGCUUGUCUCCAGCUCAGACCGCCGGCAGCCUGGAGCUCAACUCUUACCGCUCAGGAAAGCGUUUGUCUGAGAUGUAACAUCAUGUAACAUGGCGAGAAGAUGAUCACCUAAACUUCCAGCAACAGCUCACAGUGAAAAACGGGAAACUUAAGGUUUAAAAGAUGCCGGUGGAGGCGCUUCAACAUCCAUCAAGGCAACCAGCAAAGGCAGCCAUUGGAGUUUCUCCUCCUCGUUUGCGACCAAAGGGCCCGGUGGGACCGGACUUCUACAGACGAACGGCAGCAGGAACACCAAAGCAGAGUGCUGUGGAGAGACUGGAGGCAGACAAGGCCAAAUAUGUGAAAAGUCAGGUGGCUCUUUCCAAACAGCAGCCUGUCCGAGCUCCUGAGAUAAAGAAGCCUAUGCUAAACCCCAGCACUCCCCUCCGUCCCACCAGAAAGCUCCCGACCCAAGCUAAAGCAAAACAAGAUGGGGUCCAGCUGGACUUGGAGCACCUCAGCAGCCUCAUCAGCAACCUGCCUGUUGGAUCCCCGUCUGGUGUGGCUGCAGGCUGUGAGGACAGUAAGGCCUCUGAUGAUGCGGCGAACAGCAAAGCUUCGACACGCGCACUGCAGGUGAAGGAGCGCCCGUGCCCACCUCCACGUCCCGACUGGUCCAGUCCAGCUAAAGUCAGGUUAAAAGCAUCCGGACCAGCCAAGGCAGACAUUCCAGGGGUUCUUGGGGCCCCGGUUUCAGGAACGGUACGCAGAGUGGAUGUCAUGCCUCAGGCGGGCCCGGUGAAAGUGGCCAGCAGGCCACCACAGUAUGUGCGGCAGCCGCUUCAGCCCGUAGCUCUGCAUCCUCAGUUCCCUCUGCGAUCGGCCGCCUCCCGCCAACGUCUCUACAUCCAGAAAAUAAACCUAGCCUCUUCUCCCCUGAAACCUCCGCUUGCUCCGAAACCUGACAACUCUCUCAAUCCUCCAGCUGAAUCCCCAGCCUGUGCUACACCCGCCUUCCCUCCUCCUCCUGCUUCUCCAGCCAUCACCAGGUUGUCGUCCUCCAGCUCCAGAAAGCGGCCCUCUCUGACUCGGUCCAAGUCGGACAUGAGUGACCGGUACUCCCGCGCCGGCACGGAGCUGGAGCGCUUCUUUAACCUGUGCGGCCUGGAGCCGGCAGACCUACAGGAGCUGCAAGCUUCCAGCUCAGACAUUGUGUCGCUCGCUCGGUUCCGGAGCGUCAGCGCUCCGGGGUCCGAGUGUGGAGGCUCUAACAGGGGUGACGCAGAGGAAGAGGAGGAGGAAGAGACUGGGAAGGCUGCAGAGCGAGUUCCUUACGGGGUUUCUGUCAUCGAGAGAAACGCCAGAGUGAUCAAAUGGUUGUACGGAUUGAGGCAGGCCAAGGAGAACACGACUAAGAGCACCAACUUGUAGCACAGCGACUUCUUCCUCUUCUAAUCUAAACAUGGAGAACUGGACUGUUUCAAGUCUAAAUGUUAAACUGGAUGAAAGAUGAGAGUAAAUAUGAAGAAUUGUGUCCCUUUGACAGGAGAAAGUUUUCUUUGUUUUGUGGAUUCAGAGAGGUGAUGAAACUUUUUGUUUUAUAUUUCUUUGUUUUGUUUCUUUUCCUUUUCGUCAGAACAAUCUGCGUAUUUUUCUGCUGCAGCCGUCGAACAGCGCCUCUAAAGGCGUGUGGAGCAUAUUCUGCUGGAAACAAAUGCUUAACGAAUAAAAAGAACUACA